AUGACGGUGGGACGCAGCACUCCCUCCGUCUUCCCCCUGGUGUCCCGAUGCAGCAACACAGGCAACAAUCCCACAGGCAUGAACUUGGCCUGCCUGGUGACUGACUAUUUACCAUCGCCAGUGAAUAUCCAGUGGAAUUCCGGCACAGUGACCAAGGGGGUCCGAGAUUUUCCAGAGAUGCUGUCUGCGAACGGGCUUUACACCCAGACCAGCUUGCUCACCAUCCCUGAUGGGACCCAGAAGAGCGACAGCUACCGGUGUGAUGUCACACAUGCAGGGUUCAGACAGCCAGUGUCCAAGACGUUCCCGCAGAAAUCGUGUGCUCCGAUGAUGCCGCCCCAGGUUCACCUCCUGGUCCCUUCCUGUGAGGACCGCUCCACGGAGAGCCAGCUGGAGCUGGUUUGCCUUCUCCUGACCUUCCAACCCGGCAACGCUGAAGUGAGAUGGCUGGUGAACGGAAAGCUGAUGAGCCGUCCCGCCCCAGCCUUCUCCUCUGCAAAAAACGCAGAAGGCGCUUACAUGGGCCAGAGCCCCUUGAAGGUCACCAGGCAGAGCUGGGAGAAAGGGGACGUAUUCUCCUGCCAAGUCACCCAUCCAGCGUGGGGAACGGAGCCCUCCAUGUACAACACCAGCAAGUGCUUAGCCUGCCCCAAAAGCGCCCUGGAGCCAAAUAUCUACAUGACGAAACCUGCCUACGAAGACAUGAUCAAGAAUUCUGGCCGCAUGACCUGUCUAGUCACGGGUUAUGAAUUAGCCGCCACCACAGUCACCUGGAUGGUGAACAGUUGGGUCAGCUAUGAGGGAAAAACAGACAGUCCCAAGAAGAACAUCAAUGGAACCAGCAGCCUGGUCAGCUCCCACCCAGUGUCACAGGCACAGUGGACACAAGGCACCAGAUUUACCUGCAAAGUCAGCACGCUCUGUUCUACAGAACUCACCCAGGAGUUAACCACCAUCAAUAAAGGUGUCAUUAUGAAGGAGCCUUCCAUCACCAUCUCAAAAGACUACCAUGAAGACAUCACAGGAAACAGAGUCUCUGUGACUCUUGUCUGCGAAGUUAGUGGCUUUUCACCAGAAGACAUCAGCAUCUCCUGGUUGAAGAACAAUUCCCCGGUCCUGAAAUCACGUUACAAUAAUGGCCCUGUGACAGGAAGCGGCACCUUCUCAGCCUACAGCAUCCUAAAGGUAGAUCAAGGUGAAGGAGAAGGAAAUUACGCCUGCAUGGUGCGUCACCCAGCCCUGCAUGAGCCCAAGAAUGUUGUGGAAAAGGUGUGCUUUGCUUGUGGUCCGAUGAUGCCUCCCCAGGUUCACUUCCUGGCCCCGUCCUGUGAGGACGGUUCCACGGAGAGCCAGCUGGAGCUGGUUUGCCUUCUCCUGAGCUUCCGACCCGGCAAUGCCAAGGUGACAUGGCUGGUGAAUGGAAAGGUGACGAGGUUCCCCACCACAGCCUUCUCCUCUUCAUUGGGAGCAGACGGCGCCUACAUGGGCCAGAGCCAUGUGAGCAUCAUCAGGCAAAGCUGGGAGAAAGGGGACAUCUUCUCUUGCCAAGUCACUCAUCCAGCAUGGGGAACGCAGGCCUCCACGUACAACAUCAGCAAGUGCUUAGCCUGCCCCAAAAGCGCCCUGGAGCCAAACAUCUACUUGACAAAACCCGCCUUCAAAGACGUGAUCAAGAAUUCGGGCCACGUGACCUGUCUUGUUUUGGGUUACGACUUAGCAUCCUCCACAAUCAUCUGGGAGGUGGACGGAAGUGUCAGUUCUGGGGGGAAGACAGAAGCCCCCAAGAAGAACAACAAUGGGACCACCAGCCUGGUCAGUUCCUAUCCAGUGUCACGGGCACAGUGGGGACAAGGCACCAGAUUUACCUGCAAAGUGAGCACGCUCUGUUCUGGAGAACUCACCCAGGAGAUAACCAUGGUCAAUAAAGGCAUCGCUAUGAAGGAGCCUUCCGUCACCAUCUCAAGAGACUACCAUGAAGACAAUGCAGGAAACAGGGUCUCUGUGACUCUCGUCUGUGAAGCUAGUGGCUUUUUCCCCGAAGAGAUCAGCAUUUCCUGGUUGAAGGACAACUCCCCGGUUCUCAAAUCAUAUUACAAUAAUGGCCCUGUAUCAGGAAGUGGCACUUUCUCGGCCUACAGUAUCCUGAAGGUAGAUCAAGGUGAAGGAGAAGGAAGUUACGCCUGCAUGGUGCAUCACCCGUCCCUGCGUGAGCCCAAGAGUGUUGUGCAAAAGGUGUGCUUUGCAUGUGGUCCGAUGAUGCCACCCCAGGUUCAGCUCCUGGCCCCCUCCUGUGAGGGUGACUCCAUGGAGAGCCAGUUGGAGUUGGUUUGCCUUCUCCUGAGUUUUCGACCUGGCAAUGCUGAGGUGAAAUGGCUGAUAAAUGGAAAGGCGACGACCCACCCUACCCCAGCCUUCUCCUCUUGGUUGGGCGAAGACGGUGUCUACAUGGGCCAGAGCCACAUAAAUGUCACCAAACGGAGCUGGGACCAAGGGGAAGAAUUCACCUGCCAAGUCACCCAUCCAGCGGGGGGACAAAAUCCCUCCAUGCAAAAGACCAGCAAAUGCUUAGCCUGCCCUAAAAGCUCGCUUGAGCCAGCCAUCUACUUGUACAAACCCUCCUACGAAGACGUGAUUAAGAAUUCCGGUCAUGUGACUUGUCUAGUUUUGGGUUACGACUUAGCUGCCACCACAAUCAUCUGGGAGGUGGAUGGAAGGGUCAGUUCUGUGGGGAAGACAGCAGCCCCCAAGAAGAACAACAAUGGGACCACCAGCCGGGUCAGUUCUCACCCAGUGUCGCAGGCACAGUGGGGAGAAGGCACCAGAUUUACCUGCAAAGUGAGCACGCUCUGUUCUGGAGAACUCACCCAAGAGAUAACCAUGGUUAAUAAAGACGUGGAUAAGAAGGAACCUUCUAUCACCAUCUCAAAAGCCUACCACGAAAACCUCUCGGGGACCAAAGAGUCCUUGACGCUCAUCUGCGAAGCUAGCGGCUUUUAUCCCAAAGACAUCAGCAUCUCCUGGUUGAAGGACAAUUCCCCUGAACUCACGGCCAGUUACAAAAAUGGUCCCCUGGCAGGAAGUGGUGCUUUCUCAGCCUAUAGCAUCCUGAAGGUCAACCGAAGCGAAGAGGCAGAAAACUGCACCUGCGUGGUGCAUCACCCAGCUUUGGAGGAGCCCAAGAGUGUGAUGGAAAAAGUGUCUUUCAGUGGCAGCGACUGUCAUCGACCCCCUCCGAAGGUCUUCCUCCUUCCCCCAUCCCUGGAAGAUCUCUACAUAGCACAGAAUGCCACCAUCACUUGUGUGGUGAACGGCAUGGAGACCCCCAGCAGCCUGGAGAUCUCCUGGAGCAGGAGCAAUGGAGGCCCGUUGAUGGUGAACUCCAGGGAGCCGGUGCCGCAUCCAAAUGGCACCUACAGUGCAGCCAGCGUCCUGCGGGUGUGUGUGGAGGAGUGGCAGUCCGGGGAGGAGUUUAUCUGCACCGUGAAGCACCAAGACAUCCCAUCAGCUGAGGUCAAGACUAUCCACAAAAGUCUCGAGGUCUCUCUCCGGGCCCCUUCUGUCUACGUCUUCCCUCCUCAUGCGGAGGAGCUGGCUCUCCAGGAAUGGGCCACUAUCACCUGCCUGGCCUCCGGCUUCCGACCCAGAGAUAUCUUGGUGACAUGGACCCGGAAGGACCGGCCCCUUCCGCAAGAAGCCUACAUCAAUAUCGGCCCCACGCGGGAAGCUGGGGAGGAGGAGAGCUACUUCAUCUACAGCAAGCUCAGAAUCCAGGCCUCUGAGUGGCAGAAGGGGGACACCUACUCCUGCAUGGUGGGGCAUGAAGGCCUGCCCAUGACCUUCACCCAACAGAGCGUGGACAAGGCCUCCGGGAAACCCACCGUCGUCAAUGUCUCCGUGGUCUUGUCCGACACCGAUGUCACUUGCCACUGA